UCUGUCACAAGUUACGAGUGUAAUUUUGCAAAACAUGUGUUUAUUUUUAUCACAAUCUGCUAUCAAAUAAACCCUUGCCCUAGUGACGGCCGACUGACCUCUCGUCGUCGCCGCAGCUACGAAAAUUGUGACAAUAAUUGUUCCGGUGACCCGAAAAAUAAUUUAUAUUAAAUAACUAUUCUGAUUAUUAUUUCUUAAGCUCUCUAUUCAUCCGACCAAUACCCGGUGUAUUAAGUCUGUGCAUACGUCUUGCUGUUGAAUAAUUUGCUUUUGUGUUUUAUGUGAAAUGGCCUGUAUUUUGCACAUUGUCAAAGGUCUACCUAAGAACGCCUCAAAAAUAAGACAAACGCAGUUGAAGAAAUCUGAGGACUUGAACAAAUUAUACAAUGGACGCCAACUGAAUAAAACUGUUUUUAUAAGACAAUUGUCUACAGUUAACCAUAAUUUAGCUUUUUCAAAUUCACUUAGUAGUGCUGCAUCCAGUAUUAGGUCUUUUUAUCACUGUCGUUAUUUUCAAACAAGUACUUUCCAUUGGGAUGAGCAUGUUUUAAAAACACCAGCUUUUGCUGAUUCAGUCUCAGAAGGUGACAUGCGAUGGGAAAAGAAUGUUGGUGACUCAAUAGCAAUAGAUGAAGUUGUCUGUGAAAUUGAAACUGAUAAGACAUCAGUUCCUGUUCCUUCACCAGUCAAUGGAGUUCUUGAGAAAAAAUUUGUUGAAGAUGGUGCAACUGUCAAGGCUGGACAAGAUUUGUGUACAAUUACAAUUACAGAAGGCGGGCCUACACCAACUAAAACAGCUCCUAAAGUGGAAGAUGCUGCAAAACCUGUGGAGACACCAGUGGCAGCUGAUCCUGUAACAACACCACCACCACCACCACCACCACCACCACAAGUAACAUCAAAACCAUCACAGCCAAUAUCGCAACCACCACCUCCUCCAAGAGUAGCUGCACCAGCAGUAACUGCCCCACAAGCUUCAAAACAACAUGCUGCUACCGUUAAAUUGCCACCUGCUGAUCCUACCAAAGAAAUAUCUGGUACAAGAUCAGAAUACAGAGUUAAAAUGAAUCGUAUGCGAUUACGUAUUGCUGAACGUUUGAAGGAUGCUCAGAAUGUAAAUGCUAUGUUAACUACAUUUAAUGAGAUUGACAUGAGCUCAAUUAUGGACUUCCGCAAGACUAACCUUGAGGCUUUUCAAAAAAAACAUGGAUUAAAAUUAGGUUUUAUGUCCGCAUUCUUAAAAGCAUCAGCUUAUGCUCUGACAGAACAACCUGUUAUCAAUGCAGUGAUAGAAGGCAAUGAGAUUGUCUACCGAGAUUAUGUAGAUAUAUCUGUAGCUGUAGCAACUCCCAAAGGGUUACUAGUGCCUGUUGUGCGUAAUGUACAAGAAAUGACUUAUGCUGACAUUGAAAAAGCAAUUGCUGCUCUUGGUGAAAAGGCUAAAAAAGGUGCUAUCGAUGUAGAAGAUAUGGAUGGUGGUACAUUUACUGUCAGUAAUGGUGGAGUUUUUGGAUCCCUCAUGGGGACACCCAUCAUUAAUCCCCCACAAUCUGCUAUUUUAGGAAUGCAUGGCAUUUUUGAAAGGCCCGUUGCCAUCAAAGGACAGGUUGUUAUAAGACCCAUGAUGUAUGUAGCAUUAACAUAUGAUCACAGACUUGUAGAUGGUCGUGAAGCUGUAUUAUUCUUACGUAAGAUUAAAGCUGCCAUUGAAGAUCCCAGAAUAAUUAUUGCAGGAUUAUAAACUAUGAAAUAAUUUAAAGCCGGCAGUACUUAGAAUAACAAGCACUUAUUUAAUUUAAUUAUAUUAUACUGAAUUUUUUCCUAAAA